CAGUUCCACGCCAGGCAGUCGUGAAGGCGACGGAACGCCUAAAGAGCCCUUCGAAUGUUGAAAGAUUACUGGUAGGACUAUCUCGUAGGUUCCCUCUCCCCUUUCUUCCUUUCAAUACGAGCACAAUGCCUCUUGUUCUCCGACCGGGCGAAGAUGACGACGCCACUCGCAUGGUCGAGAUCGAACGGACAGCUUUUGCCGACAACAAGUUGACUCCAUUCCUGUUCCCGGGCCCAUUUCCAGCCGAUGCCCUGGAGAAGCGUGCCGAAGGACUAGUUGCCCAGCGCCAAAACGACCCAACAACACGAUGGGUCAAGGUCGUUGACACCGACACCGACGAGCUCGUCGCGUAUGCAAAGUGGAACAUUAUGAACACACCAAAGGAUCCAGAGCCGGGCCGACAAGAGUUCGGCCCGGGUUGCAAUCUCGACAUGUGCAAGGAAUACUUUGGCGGGAUCUAUCGGAAGCGAGCUGAGUUGAUGGGCGGCAAGGCUUAUUGCUUGCUCGAUCUCCUACAGACUGAUCCCAAAUAUCAGGGCCGCGGCGCCGGUGGCAUGUUGAUUCAAUGGGGUCUUGACAUGGCCGACCAGCUUCGCAUCCCUGCCUAUCUCGAAUCUUCUCCCAAUGCUCACGGGCUGUACUACAAGUACGGAUUCAAGGACAUUGGGCAAUUCACGCUGGAUCCAAAGUGGAACUAUGGUGAUGCCGAUGGGACUAUUUAUUUCAUGAUCAGGGAUGUCCCGGAGCCCAAGUAGGAUCUCACUGCACCACGGUAGACCGGACAAGAAGCGCCUUUCGUUUUCCAGUACAUGACAUCUUCAGACGCCCUUUAUGAUGCAACCAGAUAAGUGGCUCAGUCCUGAACGAAAAGAAGAUCUAAGCUGUGCAAGGGGUUAUUUUUAUAGAGUAUUUUUGCCGAUGCCAGAUACUAGGAGACCAGCAGUUGCUUAGUGACGUCAAGUUCCAGGAAUUAUCAUCA